UCGCUUGUGGCCUUUCAGGCGGACUAGUCGGAGCCCCGAAGUUUCCUUCUUCCACCCCCGAUUUCCUUCCACGCCGAGACUCUUGAGAGAGACCAUCCAUCAACCACGCGCCGGAAUCUCGUCGCAGACGAAACGAUGCUCAGCAUUCUCGCUCAGGAGCGCCUGCUCGGAUUCGCAUUAGGCGGGGCUUUCACCGGUUUCGUGGUGUUUGAGCAGCGAAGGCGAAUCCACGACUCAAUUUCAGCCUACCAAUCUCCAUCCGAUGCCGAGAAACAGAUGAAGGAGCCGAUUCUGGGGAAGCAAUUCCGUUCCGAGUCUGCCCUCCUAUGGAACAAAGCCGUGGACCAGGCGUUCGGUCCGCUCGUUUCCGCCCUUAGUUCCCACAGAGAGUAAAAUUGUUGAACAAGUUUGUGAUAUGGUAUUCUAUACAUCAUUUUGGCAACUCUUAUGAUACACUCUAAGAACAUGCGUGCAAUUUUUGUCUCCUAAUCCUCAUUUUAUCAUGGGUGUGGAUCCUGUACCACUCAAAAACUUCACUUGCUUGCUUGUUACUCUGUAUACGUGGCUGAAUCAAUGACUUUGAUGAUGUUGAUAUACGCCUCUGCCUCCCUGGAAAUCCCGUGAAUGAAAAGGAAAGCAGCAGAAACUAAAGGGGACAAUGUGUUUUUUAGUUAGCAUGUUACAGCCCAUAACCGUUGGUAGUAAGAAGAUAAGAAGUGCUCUGUCGUGAAGCUAAAGAUUUGGAGCCAACGAAGCUAUCCCAAAAUUUAGACCCAAUACUGUCAAAAAAAAAAAUUAGCACCCAUGAGGCGAUGACUUUCGUUUGUUGCCGUUUCUUUGGAUAUAUCUUCUUGCUAGUUGCCACUGUAGGCUGG